GGUUCGGUCCCCAUGUAAACUUUAACCACCACCGAAGCUCGCGGUGCAAUUGAUAUUAUUAAUCGGAUAUUGUAACAGAAAUUGAGCCACACUUGUCUCGCUAAUGGCAGACCCAGAUAAUAAUUACGACGACGAGGAGCUCGUUUCGACCAAUCCGAAUCAGAGGAACUGGAGGGGUAUCUUAAUCGCUCUGCUCGUUAUCAUUGCGGUUCUUGCUCUGAUUGUUACUUCAGUUGCACUGCUCACACCUCCCGAUGAGGGGCCAAGAGUUCGCGGAUCCCAUCUUCGCCUGGCAGAGGUCUUGUCUGGAGAUUUAUCGCCAUUGCUAUUCAAUGGAAGCUGGGUAAGCGGUCGCCAUAUUUGUUUUCGUGACCCUUCGGGUGGAAUUUCCCUGCUGGAUGCUUCCGAUCCGAACAUUACAUCGCACAGCUUAAUGCCGAACUCAACUUUCAGACGAUUGAACCCGGCGAAAUUCUCACUGUCUCCGGACCACAAGUAUCUUCUACUGGCGCAAAACGUAAAGAAAUUAUUCCGGCAUUCGUAUCUCGCCCAGUACAUUAUCUAUGACGUGAACACGAGAGAAACAAUACCACUGACUCCUCAACCGGAGACCGAUGCUCAUCCCUAUCUGCUGUUGGCUCAAUGGACGCCGAGGGGUCACGGACUCGUCAUGAUUCAAGAUUACGACAUAUACUACCGGCCUAGUCCAUUCAGUAACACUGGGUACCGUGUCACCAAUUCGGCGAUACCGGGAAUAUUGUCAAACGGAUUACCGGACUGGUUGUACGAAGAGGAGAUUUUACGCAGCGCAGAAGCGAUAUGGAUGUCCAAAGACGGACACCUGAUGUUGUACGCGUCAUUCAACGAUUCGCUUGUGCAAGAAAUGAAGAUUCCGUGGUUCGGAGAAGGGACGAAAACUUUGUACCCUGACAUCCGAUCUCUUCGCUAUCCGAAGUCAGCGCAGAACUGUUACCCAAGGAUCAAUUUGUUGCAGCCAGGAACUCCGAACCCGUCGAUACAAUUGAUUGUCGCUGAUUUGGCCGACCUGAAAAAUAUUCGAUCGAGAACAUUGCGGCCUCCGCCUGCCAUCGAGCAUGCGGAACACUACUUCACCACAGCUUCUUGGGUGUCAUUGACAGAAGUCUGCGUCACGUGGCUAACGCGGGCGCAAAAUCUGUCCAUCAUAACCGUCUGCAAAAGUCCCAUGUGGCAUUGUCAGGAAAUUCAGCGCAUCGUCGGAGAAGGUCGAGGGUGGGUUGACACCCCGCCGGAAUCGCCGGUUUUUUCUACGGACGGAAGUAGCUACGUCGCCAUAAUACCCGUCCGCGAUGGCCCGUCCGGAUACUACAAACACAUAAUGUUGGCAAAUGUAUCGAAGAAGCGAGUUGUCCCGUUAACUCAUGGGAGAUACGAAGUGAUCCGCAUUCUGGCGUGGGAUCAAGUCAACAAUACGAUAUAUUUCAUAGGAAUACCGCAAGCGCAUCCCGGACAAAGACAUUUGUACCGCGUCAAUUCUCAGCUACCUCACCUUGGCUCCUCUCUUCACUCGCCCGUUUGCAUCACUUGUACACCUGUGAUGAAUCCCGAAGCUCAAUACAAUUCGGACCGGCCAAGCAAGCACGCUGGUACUGAUAGUAACAAUAACAAUAAUAACGGUUAUCACACCUGGCCGGACAGCAGCGAUUGGGCGGAAUAUGAGCUGACCGAGUCUCAAAGCGCGGUUCAACCUCCCUUAGAAAAGCAGGAACGUCGAGGCAGCAAGAAAAAAACCACCACGAAAAAUUUGGAGACUUGCCAAUACCAUAACGCUGUCUUUUCCCCUGGAUUGGAUUACUUCGUAUUGGAAUGCCUCGGACCGAGCAUACCGACGGUCGCUCUGUACAAAACCACCUUGCCAGAUCCGCGCUUUAUUGGACUUUUGCAGAACAACACCGAGCUUCGGGAAAGAGUAGAGAAAAUUGCUCUUCCCCAAGUAAAGACCUUCCCCGUACAAAUAAGUGGCGGUUAUAACGCCCAGGUACGUCUUCAUUUGCCGCCUGGUUUACGGGAGGAAGAAAUCACUCGCUACCCGAUGGUCGUCCAAGUGUACGGGGCGCCGGGUUCGCAGCUGGUGACAGAUAAAUUUAAAAUUGAUUGGAACACCUACCUGGCCAGCAGCAAGGGGGCAAUUGUGGCCCAAAUUGAUGGCCGAGGAAGCGGAGGCCAGGGCUAUCAAUUACUUCACGAAGUGUACUACAGAUUGGGAUCUGUCGAAGUGGCGGACCAGCUGGAAGUGACGGAGUACUUGAGGGAUUCGUUACAUUUUGUGGAUAAGAGACGAGUCGCUGUUUGGGGAUGGAGUUACGGGGGAUUUGUCGCCGCCUUAGCCUUGGCCCAAUCUGAUCAAGACGUUUUCCAAUGCGGAAUCAGCGUCGCCCCGGUUGUUUCGUGGAAACUUUACGAUUCGGCCUACGCCGAGAGGUACAUGGGCUCGCCGAAUGUAACCUCAAACUACAAGGGGUACGAGGAAUCCGACGUUUUUAAAAAGGUGGAACACUUGCGGAACAAAAUGUAUUACCUGGUCCACGGCACCGCUGACGACAACGUCCAGUUUCAACAAAGCAUGGCUCUCGCCGGCCAUCUUGCCAAAAAGGGGAUUCUAUUCCGUCAGCAAGUGAGCACGAUAGGAAGAGAGAGAGAGAGCCAUUACAACCUCGGUUAUCUUUCAGACUCGAGAUGUCUUUCCCUCCGUCGUUGUUCGUCCUUAAAAAAAAAAAUAUAUAUAUAUAUACUCGCAUAUCUGAAUACAUUUUUUUCUCCUCCACUAGGUUUAUCCCGACGAGAGUCACGGCUUGGCCGGCGUGAAGAGACAUCUUUACCUAUCAAUGGCUCAGUUUUUAGAAGACUGUUUCCACAAGCAAGUACCCGUUGACACGAAGGCCGGAUUGGGAAGCGGCGGAGGAUACGGGAUAUAAGCUGACGGAACGAAAUUGAUACUGGAGCGAUAUAUAUUUUUUGGGCCCCACGAAUAUGCAAUCCAUAUUAUAUACACGAGUUAGGUAUGAUAACUAUCUCCAAAUUGUGUUCCGUUUAAUGGUGAAUCCUCCUUAAAAUUCGUUCCUAUGCAUUUUCCAAUUCGACCGGUUUUUCAUCCCGUCUUUUUUUUCGGAAUCGAUAUUUUUCUAUUAAUAUUGAACCUGUAUAGUUGUUAAUUUUUUUCUUUAAGAUGUCGAAGAAAGAACCUGCUAUCUACAAAGCACGGUUUAAUAUCCUCACUCGCAGUACCAAACUAAAUCACGAUUAUUUUUAACGUUCGUAAUCGACGUAUAGCAGUGAAAAUUUUCAAUAUAAUUACAGUGCACGUGCGGAUAAGUUUUCCAAUAGAACUGGCAGAUGGUUGAUAAUUAUAUGAUUAUUGUAGUGAAAGCGUUCGAAAUGAUAAUAUAUAAUUUUUCUAAAUAAUAAUAACAAAGAUAUAUUAUAACGUAAUAAAGUAAGGUAACAAUCAGAUUUUAAACAAUCCAAAUUAAUCUCCAAGAUAACUAUAUAGAAGAGUAGUGAAAAGUUGAAUUCUUCUUCUUCCCUUCUAUGUCGUCUUUCACGCGUGUAAUGUGAUAUCAGCUCUUAGCAGAAAAUACACAAAAUUCUAUAUUUAUAUAUAAAAACCUUAUCGAUUAGAUCGAUCGUGUGUCGGGUGUACGGUAGCAUCCGGUUCGUGCUUGUUCGCCGUAUAGAUACGAAUGUUAAUCCCGAAAAGCAAAGCCAAGGAAGCGUUGCCACAAUACCUUCACGAAAUAGAACAUACCGGCUAGAAUGCAUACUUGGAUGAAUUAUGUCCACCGAUGUAUAAUAAUUCCGUUUUCACUCCGCGGCGGGUAUUUUCGUUACCCGUUUCCCGUCGUUGCGUUGUCUUGAAAAUUAUUGAAACCUCCCGUAUACCACGUAUAUGAGUACAAUUUCCUGCACGACUGCGCCAAAGUGUUGCGUCAAUCGAUAAGAAAAGAACCAUGUUUUUGAACUGCAGUGCUUUAUCGACCAAGGGUCUGCUUUAUUGCAGUUACUGCUAAAUUCUUUUAACGUAUAUAAUUCAUCAUGAUAUUGAAUUUAUAUAUUAUAAAGUAGUUAAUUAUUAUAGGAGACCUUAGUGUUGCAAUUAUUAUACAAUUAUAUAUAAAUUAGAAAGAGACAAAAAGAAAAACGAAAAAAAAAAAAAUUUAUUUCAAAAAACAACAAAAACAUACAAUAAUAUCACGGAUCUAGUCUACGUAUAUAGGUCCGUGAAUAAUAUAUACACAUGUUAGGCAAUAAUUUUAAGAUAAUUUAUUGUAAAUAUUACGAAGGAAUAAUUUACACAAUCCUGCUCUAUAAUUCCUAGUUAAUUGACACAAUAACAAUAAUACUAUUAAUAGGUGAAAAUGUGUAAAUAAUUACGAACGCGAUGUAUUAUUAUUAUAUGAUGGAUGCGUCAAUGAAACUAUUACAUAACAAUCUGAUAACUUUAGCGGAGAAAAAAACAAAAAUUAUCUAGAUACAGUGAAGGAAAACAAUGAUGAUAUUUAAUAGUUACCGUAGCUAGUUUAGUAGCAGAAAUUAUUUCUGUCGUACCAAUCGUUGGAAGUAUAAUGAAAUUUAUAAUAAUCUAUAAUUGCAAUAUUUACAAACAAAUGAUCGGUGUUUGAAUUAAUAUAAUACCUACGGCGCGGGUCGCGUAUAUUAAUUAUCUUAUUCAAAACGCAAAACAUACUAUAAUAAUUAUUUAUUCAUGCAGUACUAUGAUGUAUUGUUAAAGUUAUUAUUACUAUAAUAAAAUUCUACUUUUGUGACUGUCA